AUGAGCGGGUCUGGCGCCUGGGCCGACGCCUUCCGCAAAGGCAAGCAAUUUGUCGCCAAGCUCACGGUCGAGGAGAAGGUGACUCUGGUCUCUGGCGAUGAGUCGUCGACAGGAAGCUCUGGAACCCUGAAUGGGUGCUCCGGCAACAUCCGGCCCAUAUCGCGGCUCAACUUCACGGGGUUGUGCCUCAGCGAUGCCGGCCAAGGCGUCCGCGCGACGGAUUUUGUCAGUGGGUUCCCCAGUGAGGUCCACGUCGGGGCGUCGUGGAACAGGCCGCUGGCUCGCAAGCGCGCGGAUAGCUUGGGGCGAGAGUUCCGCAUCAAGGGUGUCAAUGUCGCGCUGGGGCCUGUCGUAGGACCCGUGGGCAGAGUUGCAACUGGAGGGAGGAACUGGGAGAACUUUGGGAGCGAUCCUUACUUGACCGGUGUGUUGGCUUUCGAGACAGUGCAGGGGAUCCAGGCUCAGGGUGUCAUGACGAGCACAAAGCACUUCAUCGCCAAUGAGCAAGAGACACAUCGCAACCCCAACAGCGACGGCGUGGCUGCGAUUUCGUCAAACAUAGACGACCGCACCAUGCACGAGCUCUACUUGUGGCCUUUCCAAGACGCCCUUAAAGCAGGAGCCGCCUCCAUCAUGUGCUCGUACAACCGGGUAAACAAUUCCUACGGCUGCCAGAACUCGAAAACCCAGAACGGCCUGCUCAAAACCGAGCUAGGCUUUCAAGGCUUCGUCCUUUCUGACUGGGGCGCGGUUCAUGGGGGCUUUCCCGUCGCAGAUGCCGGCAUGGACAUGGUCAUGCCGAGCAGUGAACUUUGGGGGGACGAGCUGGUUGUCGCCGUGAAGAACGGCUCGCUCGACGGGGCCCGCCUGGACGACAUGGCGACACGCAUCAUGGCAUCGUGGUACCAAAUGAACCAGGACGGCGACUUCCCCGAACCCGGUGUCGGAAUGCCGGCAGAUCUCACGAAACCACAUACCAUCGUAGACGCCCGAAACAUUUCUUCGCGGCAAGUGCUAUUCGACGGGGCUGUCGAAGGCCACGUCCUCCUCAAGAACACGAAGAGCGCUUUGCCUCUGAGCAAGCCCAUGGUCCUCUCAAUCUUUGGAUAUAGUGCCAAGAGUCCGGAUCAGUGGAACUACAAAUCAAAUGGCGGCGUGGCAGCCUGGACGUUUGGAGGCGAAAGCUCCUACCUGGGCAGAGACACUCAGCUGGGGUUCUCAAACGUGGUUGGCGAAGACUGGUCCCAGAUUGCGCCUAAUGGCACCAUCUUCUCUGGUGGUGGCAGUGGCGCAGUCACUCCUGCCAGUGUUUCUUCGCCUUUUGAUGCCAUUGCCGCCCGGGCUUACGAUGAUGGAACUGCCCUGUUCUGGGACUUCUUCACGCCAGACCCCGACGUUUACUCCGACUCGGAUGCCUGCUUGGUCAUCGGCAAUGCUUAUGCCUCAGAAGGAUAUGACAGGACAGGUCUGUUCGACCAGUACACAGACAGGCUCAUCCGACACGUCGCAGAUCGCUGCAAUAACACGAUCGUUGUCUUCCACAAUACCGGUGCGCGGCUGGUCGAGGACUGGGUUGAUCAUGCCAACGUCACCGCGUUGAUCUUUGCACAUCUGCCUGGUGAGGCGUCUGGGCGAGCUCUGGUCAGCCUGCUGUACGGCGACUCGAACCCAUCCGGGAAACUUCCUUAUACGGUCGCGAAGCAGGAGUCUGAUUACGAGCAGUUAUUAUCUGCUAAUCUGCCUGAGGGCAUAUUCGCAAAUUUUCCGCAGUCGAAUUUCACGGAAGGUGUCCUCAUUGACUACCGCCACUUCGAUGCGAAGAACAUCACUCCACGCUACGAGUUCGGUUUUGGGCUGUCAUACACGAGAUUCAACUAUUCGAACUUGCAGGUGUCGCUGCAAGAAGGAGCGAGGUUAGACGAAUUGCCCUCUGGCUCAAUUGAGGAGGGCGGGCAGGUAGACUUGUGGGACGUCAUUGCGACGGUGCGCGCCAACAUCACCAACGUGGGCGACGUCGAUGGUGCCGAAGCAGCGCAAUUAUACCUGGGCAUUCCGGGAGAGGGAUCUCCCGUGCGACAGCUCCGGGGUUUCGACAAGCCGUUCAUCAAUGCUACACAAACGGCCACGGUCGAGUUUGAGCUCACCAGGCGGGACUUGAGCAUAUGGGAUGUCGUUACACAGAAGUGGCGCCUGCAGGGGGGCGAGUAUCAGGUUUAUGUCGGUGCCAGCAGCCGCGACCUGCCGCUGCAAGGCACUCUGAAGCUGUGA